AUGUUUUCCCUAUCAUCGCUAAUUGGAAACGGAGAAAAGGGUCCCAAAGAACUAGAGUUCACGCCCAUUGGCAAACGUGGGCCGCGGCUGGGCUCGAAACCACAUGGCUCGACUCAAAACCAAACAACAACCCCAAACACGCGUAGAUUUGGCCUUAACCAAGAAAAAGUCGCCGAAAGUAAUAUGGAGUCGCCAUACGACAGUACUCCGGGUAGAUUUGACAGCACAUUUAGCAUGGAUGACCUAGAUCAUGUGCCAUUUGAGAGAGCAGAACUGAACAAACCCAAGGACGAUGGGGUAAGAUUCCAACAGAGUAUAGUGAGUGACGGGUCCAGUUCGAUCCAGGGCUUGCAGACGGAGGUGAAGGAAUUGCUGCAUGAGAACUACAACUUGAAAGUGGAGGUGGCUACUCUUAAACAGUACCUUCGACAGAGUCCGCUGGAAACCCGCGACUUGGCGCUCGAAAAUCUGAACCUCAAACAGGAACUCAUAGGCUUGAAAAGAGAGUUGGAAGGUCUGCAGAGAGCCGGGGUCAGUGAUCAAGUCCUUUUGGAGAGGGACAGGGAGAUACAGAGACUACAAAGCUCACUAGAGGAGCUUCGGCACACGCAGAACAGCAAGCCUGUUUCGAGUGAUGUUUUUGAAAGACUUGAAAAGCUUGAGAUUGAGAAUCAGGCUCUUCGCCGAGAGGCGCAGCAGGCUCUAUCUCGUAGUACAUCGAAUGAAGAUAUGAACGAAUUGAAGGCCGAGCUUCAUCGUGCCAAGGCCCAAUUGGCCGCACUCCCACCGAAUGCAGAGGAGCAUGUUCAUAAUCUAGCUUCUGAAAAUGAAGUAUUAUCUAGAAAACUAAAGUUGGCGCUGACUGACGCUAGACAACUUCAGGACGAGCGGGACUCGCUUGAAGACCAGGUCAACGCACUUAAUCUCGAACUAGGUAACAAAAAGCAGGAGCUUGAGCGCUUGAGACUGGAGGCACAGGAUCAUUACUCGCAAAAUCGGUCAUUGGGAGACUUACAAGGCGAACUUCAAGCUGCCAGACGAGAGAUCGAUGAUUUGUCCUCCAAGCUCAGUGCUGCUAGAAAGGAGUUAGCCGAAUCUAAAUCGAAGCGUAGCGGAACUGAGAGAUCGAAUCGCCAGGCCAUCGAUGAAUUGGAAGACCAAGUGACUCUAUUGAAUAGCAGACUUGAGGUGGCCAACAAGAACUUGAAGGAGAAGGACCACGAUAACUACGAAUUGAAAGCAGAGAUUCGUUCUUUGAUGAAUGAAAGAAACAGUCAUUUCGACGACCAAGCAACUAUACGGCACUAUGAAACUCAAGUCGAGAAACUCAGACAGAAAGAAAAGUCUUUAAGUGAUGAGAUUGUUACGCUUCGGAACCAGCUUGCAGAAUCCCAAACCAAUAAGUCUAUGGUAUCUGAUCGAGAAGAGAAGUUGACUUCCGAGAUUGCCGAAUUAAAUAGCAAGCUAGAGUAUUACGAGGAACAGUAUGAACUUCUCGAGGACUCAAAGGCGUUGCUUGAUUCAGAGGUUGAGCUUCUUGAGACGAAGCUCAGAAAUGCAGAGGGUCAAUUGAAGUCCGCAGACUUAGAUCAACGAAACUUAGAUGACCGCAAUCUUGAGUUAGAGAAGGAGAUCGAAACUCUCAGAUCCAAGUUGAGACGAAGCGAGCUCACUGACGCACAUAGAUACAACGAGUCGGCCUUGCUUGAACUCGAAGAACUCCAUAAGAAGCGUGAAGAUGCUGAGAAGGCAAGACUUUCCACUGUCGUUGCUGACUUGCAGAAUGAGGUGAAAAGUUUGAAGCGUGAUCUUGAAAGAGCGAGAUCAGACCGCGCAUAUUCUUCUGAGGCUAGGAAUGUGGACAUUCUGUCUUCAAGGGAAGUACACAAACUAAAAUUGGAACUAGAAGACCGUGAGCAAGAACUCAGUGAACAACGAAGCAAACACAACCGCCUUCUCAACAGCAUCAAAGACAAAGAUCUCGCAAUUGAUGCUCUCGAAUCGAGAAUUCGAGAACUAAACCGGGAGUUGAAUACUUCCAUGAGCGGCAACAAUAGGUGGAACGAAUUAUCCAAGCUUGAAGCCGAGCAUGAGCUGCAGCUCCGCAACUUGAGAUUCGAGCAAGAGAAGAAUCUUCGUAAUUUACAAUUGGAUAACGAGAGAUUGGAGUUUAGCUUGAGGGAUGAAAUACGAUACUAUAAAACUCAAAUUGAAAUGUUCAAGAACAGAGAGCCAAGCCUGCAAUCAAACGAGCAUUCUUCAGCUAUGGUUGUGCUUCUCGAGGCUCAAGUUGAGCAAGCCAACAGGACUAUAAACGAACUCAAGGACAGACUUCAAAAGUUUCAGAUGGCUGAUUCCGAAGCUCUAGAGGCCGCCAGCAAACAUCAAGUUGAAGCCAGAUUACUUCAGCGCCAAUUGGAAAACCUUCAGUCUCAGUUCGACGACUUGAACUCGGACUAUAAAACUGUUGUCACUCAGAAGGAGUCUUUACGGGCCGAGAAUUCUACCCUCAAGACAAAACAGUACAGCUCCGAACACGAGAAAGAGGAACUCAAGAUGAAAAAUGACAAAUUGAGAGGGCAGGUAAUCCACUUUGAGAGUAAUGAUGGCAAAAGCAACUCACAAUCUAAGAGUUUUCAAAACGAGAUUAAAGGAUUGAAUAAUCAAGUCAGCGAUUUGCAGUCUAAGAAUGAGAGUCUCACCCGCAAACUCGAUCGUGAGCAAAGGGCUAAUCUUAACAAUGAAGGGCUUAAAACUGAGUUGGAUCUAGCCGUUCUUGAUAAGACAGAUUUACAAAAGAAAAACGACAGCUUGAAUCUGGAACUAGACAGUGCUCUCAAAGCUCUUGCUAAACUCGAGAGCAAGUUGCAGGCUUUGGAGGCUGAUCAAGCAAAAAAGCUUCGUGACAGCGCUGACGAGGAGUUGAAUAAGAGGUUAGCUGCUACAAAAUUAGCAUCAAAAGAGGAGUCAUCGCUCAAAGUCGUGGCCCGGCUCAUGGCAAACAAAAAUUACUAUAGUCAAGCAAAAGCGCUUGAAUGGGCUGCUCGUUGGGAGGAGUUAAAAAUGGUCAAUGAGUAUGCAGCCAAGGAGCUGCGCGCGAUCAAUGCAAGAUUCCGAGUUGAGCCAUAUGGUGCAGUGUAUCUGAUCAAAGAGAAGCCAACUUUGAAAGCCGUUGCUCAGAUGGUUUUGGGUGUUGUACGGAUGAGAAGAAUGGGGGAAAAGGCAAGACAGCGCCAAACGAUGUUCAAAAAGAUUCAGCUGGACAUUACACGCGAUGAGGAUGUGUUAAAAGCUGAAAGCAGAGAGCAACGAUGA